AUGACUACAGAAAAUAAGACCAACCUAAUUGAAUUCUCAGUGGAAGGUUUUUCAGACUUGCCUCAGCUUCAGUUUCCUCUUUUCUUAACAUUUUUAUCUCUCUACUUAAUCAUCUCUUUCACUAAUCUCACUGUUUUCUCAUCUAUAAUUUUGUACUCUCAUUUACACACACCCAUGUACAUCUUCUUGUGUAACCUAUCAGUCAUUGAUAUGUCUUUCUCCUCAACCAUUCUACCCAAACUGUUGGCCAUGGUCUUCACACAACAUAAGACCAUAUCCUUUCUUGGGUGCAUGAUCCAGAUGUAUUUUUUCAUGGCUUUUACUUGUACGGAAUUGUUUCUUCUGGCUGCCAUGGCUUAUGAUCGCUAUGUUGCGAUAUGUCACCCCCUUCAUUAUUGUGUACUUAUGAGUCCCAAUCUAUGUUCUCAACUGGUUAUUGAAGUAUGGAUUGGUGGGUUUUUAGAACCAAUUAUGCAUACUGUCUUAAUUGCUAAUUUAUCGUAUUGUUCAUCCCACCACAUUGACCAUUUUUUCUGUGAUAUUUCUCCAUUGCUGAAGCUUUCAUGCAGUGACACAUUUAUCAUUGAGAUUUGGACUUACAUUUUUGGGACUCUCAUAGCUAUGAGUACAUUCAUCUUUACAUUUAUAUCAUAUGUGUUUAUUAUUUCCACUAUCUUAAAUAUUCAAACAGCAACCGGAAGACAUAAAGCCUUUUCUACCUGUGUCUCCCACAUGACCUGUGUUAUUGUCUUUUAUGGAUCUAUAAUCUGCUUGUACAUAAGGCCAACAUCCACAUAUUCUCCAGGACAGGACAAGUUCUUUGCUCUACUAUAUGCUAUACUUAUUCCAGUACUAAAUCCUCCUAUCUACACACUGAAGAAUAAGGACUUUAAAAGAGUAUUUAAACAAUUAAUUUUUUAUUAG